GGGGUGGAUGUCAUGCAGGCGUUGGUGGUUUUCGCAGAGGGCAAUGGAGGCAAGAAGUUGGCCGAAAAGUACCGCGCGGCCAUUCGCGCCAAGACCCGGCCCGCUGCUCCCACCUCUUUGUCCAACGAGGAGCUGCGCUCCAUGGUCACACUGGCGGAGAAGUCGGGUGACGAGGCCACUGCAAACAAGUGCAGGCAGCGCCCCGGCCAGGUCGGCAAGCCUGCCGAAGACAAGAGGCCAGUCCAGCUCCGUGCCAACAAAGCCCAUGCUCGUGUCCGCAAAGCAAAGGGAAAGUUGCAGACGGAGAGUGCGACGCUCACUGGCCUGCUCGAGCAGGUGGAGGCGCAACGCCAGCUCGUCGCGGAACUGGUCGCGGAGCUUGGGGCCGCUGAGGGCGAAUGCGACUCCCAGCCCAUCCGAUUGUCGCCGUCGAAGCCCAUGGGCGGCGAAGUGGACGACAUCGACCUCGGCGACGACGGGCUCUUCGACUUCGCGGAGUUCGAGGUGCUCGGGCCCGAAGCUUUGGAGCGCUAUAUGCAGAUACUCAAGGCGUUCAGGGAGCUGGCGGGCAACUUCUUCGGAGAGGUCGGCCAGAAGGGCGAGUGCCUGCAGGCGGAGCACAAGGCGCUGCAGGAGAGGCUGGCCGCGAAGAAGAGGCGCGCUGCUGAUGGAACGGACGUCGCUGUGGUCGAGGACGAAGAGGGCGAGGGCGAGAGCG